UAAUUUCUCGGCUUCAUUCCUUGGUUUUGAUUGGGCUGGUGUACGAUCAAACUAAUUCAAUGAUUCCCUAGUACUAUCACGAGGAGGUAAAUCAUGGUAACUGACGGCCCAGAUGGAUGGGAGGGUCAGUCUUCCGGGGUGCAGGGAUUUAUGCCUUGCCAACCCCAGGUUCGACCCGCGUGCUCAAUGUGCAAACCACCAUGGAUCUCCUCAGCUAGUCCGUGGGGGCGAGGUCCUUUCCAUCUAGAUACAACGCGUGCCUUGUAAGCUUGGACAACAGGACAAAAUAAAAUGUUGAAAAGGUUGUUCAGGUAUGGAGUGUGCUAGCAAGAAGAAAAUAUCAUGUUGCAGUGUCUAGAAUGGUUCAAGCAUUUCAUUGCCAUCCUAGGGAAGUGUUGUGAUCUUGAUUUUCACCAGUCAAAGGAACUCAAGGAUCCAGAACGGUUAGCUAGGGAAACAGUGUUUAGUGUGAGUGAAAUAGAAGCAUUGCAUGAGCUAUUCAAAAAGAUUAGUAGUGCGGUAAUUGAUGAUGGCUUAAUCAACAAGGAAAAUUUUCAGUUGGCACUAUUUAAGACUAAGAAGAAGGAGAGUUUGUUUGCUGAUCGGGUGUUUGACUUGUUUGACACAAAACACAAUGGAAUUCUAGGAUUUGAGGAGUUUGCACGUGCACUAUCUGUCUUCCAUCCAAAUGCUCCAAUUGAUGAUAAAAUUGAUUUCUCUUUCAAGCUAUAUGAUCUCAAGCAGCAAGGUUUUAUUGAAAGACAAGAGGUUAAGCAAAUGGUAGUCGCAACACUUGCUGAAUCUGGAAUGAAUCUUGCAGACGAUGUGAUAGAAAGUAUCAUUGACAAGACUUUUGAGGAGGUUGACACAAAACAUGAUGGAAAAAUUGACAAGGAAGAAUGGCACAGCCUUAUCUUGCAGCAUCCCUCCCUUUUAAAGAAUAUGACUCUCCAAUACCUCAGGGACAUCACGACAACAUUCCCAAGCUUUGUUUUCCACUCUCAAGUUGAUGAUUGAUACAUAAGCUCAUGCCACUGGUCUGGAUUAAACAGUUUGUGCGGGCUUGUACAUCUCCGCACCAUAUUUUUAAUUCUUUUUUUUUUAUUGUAAAUCAUUAAGGGAACUGGUUACCAUAGGCAAUUCUGGUGUGAUUUUGUAUUUAUUUAGCCACUAUCAGGCUCUGGAUUCCUGUGAAUGUUGAGGUUUUGCAUCCUUCCGUCGAUUUGUUUAUUGAAACCAGCAGGAUGCUGCAGGUAUGGUGUUGUUUUGGUGUAAGAACAUUUUAUAAUCAUGUACUAGCUGAUUGUGUC